UGGGGUAGACGCCCUUUUUGAUGAAUAUAAAAAUAGCAGGUUGACUUCUGUCUCUCCAGGACUCUCUUCUGCAUCCUUCCCUGCAGAUAAUCUCCUGCAAAACCUUAAAAUCUCUCAGAACAAUAGACAUCAGACUCCAAUAUGAUGUUCUUCUUCUUCAUGUUUGGUCUUUCUCUGGCUGCUGUGGCUCCUUCGGACGGACAGGAGACGAAGUUACUGCAUGGCGACUGCCCCGUGUUCUGGUACAACUUCAAUGGCCGCUGCUACAAAUACGUGGCCACACUGAUGAGCUGGGCUGAUGCAGAGUGGUACUGUCUGUCUCAAGGAGCAAACCUGGUGUCCAUCCACAGUCUGCAAGAAGAGAGCUUUGUCAAAAUGCUGAUCAGCAACUUUGAUCCCGCUCAGGGAAUAACCUGGAUCGGACUCUCUGAUGCUCAGAGGGACGGGACAUUCUUCUGGUCUGACGGAUCUAAACUUUCCUUUACCUACUGGAAUGCACUAGAGCCAAAUAAUGGAGGAGAACCCGAACCGUGUGUUCACACCAACUGGGACACAGCCAGGAAAUGGAACGAUAAACGGUGUUCUGAUAAAUAUGCCUUUGUUUGUAAAGCUCGCCCAGCUUGUGAUUCUGAAUGCAGGCACCUGUCAUUCAGAUUUUAAAUGUGUUGAUUAGAAAAGAUCAAACCGAACAUGAAGGUUUAAACAGGCUUAGUGUAUCUGUUAUUUGUUUUUCUCAUAAAGUUUGAUUUUUGUUUAGCAUUCUUUAUAAACUCCCCUUUGUACAGUUUAUUUACAAAGUUACUUUGUUGGUUGGAUUUCUUUUGGCCUCUAGAGGGCAUCCUACUAUCAAAAACAUACUUUGAUGUCUUGAAUGAGAGGAAAGGUUGUGGGGACUUAAUAAGAACUCAUUGUUAUCGCAGCUUUGUCAUCACUGAAGGUAACAACACAGUUUUAGUUUUGGGGCCCCUCAGAUGUCUGAUUCAUUUAUCUGCGUGAUUCAUAACCAGAACAUUUCAAUGUCUUUACCACGGCUCUGGUUUUGUACAGGAAGUUUUUACUGAUCAGA